AUGAAGAAGAAGAUCACCAGCACGUACGACCAGUCGGUGGCAAUGGCACAGGCAGAGAAGAUGGCGCUCAUGGCAAUUGACGAGCCCAGGUUGAUCAAAGUCAGCAGACAGUUGACCAAAGUGGUGAGCCACACAGUUCUGACCGGCACUCCUGUUCUUUUGUCCAGGUGGUACCAGAUCCACGAGAACGGCACUCCGCGGUCUCUGGAGAAGGACCACAGAGUUCUAGAGAUGGCGCAAACAGCCACUGCUCCGCAGAACCACAGGACCACGAAACACAGCGACAGAUACGCGCGCGUCGAUGUCGUCACCCAUGCAGAGCGUGUACACCACGUUCAAGAUCCAGCCAAGGAACGCGGUCACUGUCAAAGCCAGCGAAAUGGCAACCGGGGUGGUGUAGCCAGCGUUGGACACCUCCUCGGACAUUCUCGAGGUGGAGUCGUAGCAGGUCAUGACCCACGAGACGUUCAGGAAACCAAACAAGAACGCCCAUCCGUCCUCGGCCCAGCCGGUGUUGUUGAUCACCUUCGAGAAGGUGAAUUCUCGGGUGUUGAUCUUUGGACACUUGACCAGCAUGGUGAUGAUCAGAGCAAUCACCGAGCCGAUGUUGACGAAACAGUAGUACUUUGUGAUUCUGGACAAGACGGACGAAGGCAGCGAGUUGAUGAUUCCGUGCGAGGUGAUCACCGCAAUGGCAGCCCCGGUGAUGUGGCCGUUUGUCGGCACAUAGGUGUAAUCGGAAGCCAUCGAGACGGUUUGCAACAACAGGGUAGCAGCACCGAAAUCGGUCGAGCAAGCGCCGGCAAUCAUUCCAAUCAGGUACAACCAUCCGUCGAUCCAACAAACAAGCGGCACCCACUUCUUCGGAACAACAUGGGUGAUCACAUAGCUGCUGGUCCUCCAGAAAUAAGAGGAUACAGGAACGUGAUGGCAACAGUACCCAUCAGACCGGAAAUGGACAAAGCGAACGAGAAAGUGGACAAAAACGAGUAG